GGACGGGGGGAAGCUCAAGAUGGCGACGUGCGAAGAGUCGGCGGAGAACAGCGGUUUCUGUCUGAAUUAAAAGCACCGUCAGAGCGUUUCCGAGGGCGGCCUGGGCGCGGCGCGGACCCGGGGGAAAAGCGUGUUCGGUGUUUCGGUGUUGGGGCGCCGGGGCAGGACCAGAGUCUCUAAAUGGCUGCGAGGAAGUCUGGAACAGAUGCAUACAACAACGGCCCUGUGAGUUACCUGGAGGACGUCCCCUUUAAGGUGAAUGAGAAGUUCCGGUGCCCGGCCAAAGUGGGUCUGCCCGUGGGCUUCUGUGUGCCAGACUCGUCCCUCCUGCUCAGCGCCCAGUAUGACUUCUCUCUGGAGCGGCGCAGCGUGCGGUGGGGGGCGGAGCUUGCGGAGGCGCGGGCGGCGUUGGCGCGGGCGGAGGAGGUCGAGAGGGCGCAGAGAGACGCCGACGGUCCCCCCGGAGAAGAGCCCACACCCGGGCAGACGGACGCCGGCGACCCGCCUCCUCCACCUCCGGCGCUGAACCCCGUGUUGGCGUCUCUGAGCCACAACGCCAUCCUCACCCCUCUGCCCGCCCCCUCGCUGCGCCCGCACAGCUCCCAGCCCGCGCCCGCCCUCCACUCCCUGGACCUGGCGGACUUCGAGCGCGAGGAGGACCCCUUCGACAAAUUGGAGCUGAAAACCAUCGACGACAAAGAGGAGCUGAAGAGCAUCCUGCAGAACCAGCCGCAGCCUCCGCCCUUCUCGUCCCCGGCGGAGGCGCCCGGCGUGGGGGGGGCGGGCUCUCGCGGGAACAGCCCGUCUCCGCCCGCCGCCGUCCGCCCGCCCAAACCCGCCUUCGCGCACAAAGCCAACGGACUGGUGGCCAUGCUGGAGGUGGGCGGCGGCGACGAUCGGCCGUGCAACAUCCGCUCGCUCUCUUUCCCCAAACUGUCGGACUCAGAGCACCACGUAGCCCCGCCCCCCGCCGCCCGGGUGCCCAACGGCUCCCCCCAGAGGACGCCCCGGGGAGACGUGAUCAUGACCCCGGAGCCUCUGAGCAAGAGCGCGUCCCCGAAACCUGUGAACUCUGUGGGCGGCGGCGGCGGCGGCGGGGGCGGGGGUCUGCCAUGUGGGGGCGCUCUGCUCAGUAUGACCCCGGAGGAGAGGCAGUGCGUGGAGACUCUGGUGGGGAUGGGCUACUCGUACGAGGGGGUUCUGAGGGCCAUGCAGAAGCAGGGCCAGAACGUGGAGCAGGUGCUGGAUUACCUGUUCGUACACAGUCGUCUGUGUGAUCGAGGUUUCGAUGCUUCUGCUGUGGAGGAGUGUCUGGAAAUGUACCAGUGUUCAGAGGAGAAGGCGCUUCAGUUCCUCCAGCUCAUGUCCAGAUUUGGGGAGAUGGGUUUCGAGCGCGACGCCAUCAAAGAAGUUCUCCUGUUCCACAACAACGACCAGGACAAGGCUCUGGACGAGCUCAUGUCCCGGGCGCCGGCGAGCUGAGAGACCCCCCCCCUCCCUCCCUCCGCCGCCACCGCCGCCCGAACGCCGCCCGAACGCCGCCCGCCAGCACGCCCCGCCCCCCCACACACGCCGCGCUUCACCGACUCUGUGCCUCCGAGCAGCAAACGCCGGGGAGCCGCUGAAUCCUCCGAAGAUUCACGGGAAAAAAAUCACGGGAGUUCGAGCAUGAAAUUUUUCAAAUUCUCGGAACUCGCGAAGGAUUUUAAGACGAUGACGAUUUCGCCUCCUGGAUAUGAAACGGUUUGAGCCGCGCGAAGUCCGGAACGUUCUCGGGGCAACGCAAUUCCGAGGCCGUUUUUUUUUUUUUUUAGAAAUUGGAAUUCUCGCCGGUUUUGCGGUAAGAGACGGAACUGGGAAAGGAAAAAAAAAAAGACAAAAAGAGGAGCUGGGUGCGCUGCCUGGUCGAGCCACAGGGGGCAGCGCAGAGUCUCUGGAGGUUUUUAGGCCCAGACUUUGGACCAGAUCUGGACCCCGGAUCCGGAUCGGGCAGGCCGGACUCACCAAGUGCCCUCGUCCCUCGGUCUGCCUGGGCGUCACCCGCGAUUGUCGUUUUACUGUUCAGCACUUUUGUUUUUUUUUUUUAGACGUUUAAGUUCUCUGAUUUUUUGUUGAAUUUAUCCAUAGAAACUGGGGGAAAAAAAAAAAAAAAAGAAUCAUAAACCUGCAGGUGAAAGUGUGACAGGAGCUCAGGAGUCUUAAAGCUGCACUGUGGGAUUUUUUUACUAUGUGGAGGCUCCGUCGUCUGUUUGUUUCUAUGGACUGGAAUGUUCCGCAGUGUGACUUUAAACACAUCGACUUUGUGUUUAUUUAAUCACAGGAGGAUUUACAGCUCAGAAAAAACGGGACUGAACCAGGGACUAAACCGGGUCUAAAACGGGGACUAAACCAGGGACUAAACCAGGACUAACUUGGGACUGAAUUGUGUCGAACCCGGGACUAAACCAGGUCUAAAAUCAGGUUUAAAACCGGGACUAAGCCAAGACUGAAUCAGGAUUAAACCAGGACUAAACUGGGUCUAAAACUGGGACUAAACCUGGGACUAAACCUGGGACUAAACCUGGGACUGAAGCUGGGACUGAAGCUGGGACUGAAGCUGGGACUAAACCUGGGACUAAACCUGGGACUAAAUCGGGACUGAACUGUGUUGAAACUGGGAUGAAAUCAGGUCUGAAAUCAGGUCUAAAAUCAGGUUUAAAACCGGGACUAAGCCAAGACUGAAUCAGGACUAAACUGGGACUGAACCAGGGACUAAACUGGGCCUAAAACUGGGAAUAAACUGGGUCUAAACCAGGUCUAAAUUGGGACUGAACCGGGACUAAACCGGGACUAAACCUCAAAUCGUAUAAACACAGACGUUGUGGCUGUGAGCGGCGUCGCCUCUCCGCAGAUCCGACCUGUGACUGCGUCUGGUCUGGUUUCCGAGGAGACAGAAAGCUCCGGAAUGUUCCUUAGUGCGGCUUUAGGCGAAGCGGUGACGUUUCCGUGGGGACGAGCGUCUGACGGAGCCCGGAAAGUUCCACAGUGCAGCUUUGAUUUGCCGGAAUCAAACCUGUUGUAAAAAUAAAUAAGAGUUUGAGUUGAAUCGAGAAUCAGUUUGUGACGCGAGAAAAUCUGAAAUCUAAAAAAAAAUAAAUAAAUCACAAAUUGUUUAAAAAAAUAAAAUGAAAAAUGUUGAAUCAAAAUUUGAGUAAAAUAAAUAAAUGACCUGAAGUGUUUGUGUGAAGUGUCCAACCUGUCAGAGGCACUUUAAAGCUGCACUCUGGAACUUUUCGGUUUGGGGUCCGUCACCUGUUUGUUUCUAUGGAGACGUUAUAUCGUUCUGUCCGGAAUGUUCCGCAGUGUGGCAUUAAACAGAUCCACUUUAUAUUUAUUAAAUCACAGGAGGAUUUAGAGUCAAAACAUCAGGUCUAAACCAGGUCUAAACCAGAACUGAACCGGGACUAAACCGGGACUAAACUAGGUUGAAAUCUGGUCAAAAUUUGGACUAAACCAGGACUGAACCAGGACUGAACCUUUACUAAACCUUUACUAAAGGUGGACUAAACCAGGUUAAAAUCUGGUCAAAAUUUGGACUAAACCAGGACUAAACCUCAAAACCUCUUAUAUAAACAGACAUUCUGACUGAGCGGUGUCGCCUCUCCACAGAUCUGACCUGUAACUGCAUCUGGUUGGGUUUCCGUGGAGACAGAAAGCUUUAAUGCUGCACUGUGGAUUAUUCUCCAUGGAGACGAGCGUUUGCCGGAGCCUCCACCGGGAAAAGUUCCACGGUGCAGCUUUACGGGCCCCGGGCGCCUCGGGAUCCGAGUCGAGUCGUGUCGUGGUCUCCCCGGAAAAAAAACACUAACAAAUCAACAUGGCUCCAGGUUUUUGGUCUUUUCUUGGUUCUGGUUCUGGUUUUUGGAUCCUGGACGGUCUCAGAUGGGGUCAGAGGUCAUGUGAUGAUGUCAUGGUCUCAGAUGGGGUCAGAAGUCACAGUUCUAUUGAUCACACUGAACUUUACCGUAAAAUCUACAAAAAAAGACUAAACCAGGACUAAACAAGGUCUAAAUUAGGACUGAACCAGGACUAAAUCAGGACUAAACCGAGACUAAACCACCAGAACAGGUCUGCAAAGAUUUAAACGCCAAAAAACUCUGAAAUAAAUAAAAACAUAAAGACCAAAAAUAUAAAAUAAACAGAAUAAAAAUAAUAUUUGUUAUUUAAAAGCUCUGAUGAUUGGACGAGUCUGGAUCUGGGGUCUGGACCCUCGGAGGAUCUGGGGUCUGGACCCUCGGAGGAUCUGGGGAGACCGUUAACAGUGUUUUUGUUGAGAGAUCAUUGUAUUUCCUCAUGAUAUAAUUUAAUAAAUGUUUCUCUUUCUAACA